UGCCACAAUCUACACCGGCUACCUGGGCGCCGCGGCGUGCGGUGCUGACAAUGCUGAGCAACAACAUCAAGCAGAAGCAGGGGAAGAGGAUGCUAGUUUUCGAGGACGAGGGCGUGCUCACUCAAUCAAAGAAAUGUGUGCCGGAAGAGGACGAGAACUCAUCCAUGGUGCCGCUGAUGAAAUUGCAACGAAGGGAGGAGGAGGAGGAGGAGGAGGAAGUGGAGAUAGAGAACGAGAUGGAAUCAGAGAGCUUUUUAAGAUUAUUAAAUAGUCGCACCAAGAAGCCAUGGACGCCUCUGCGUGAGCUGGAAGAGGGGUUACCUUAUCCAAUAUGCGAUGUGAGAGAGGCGUCCAACCAGCACGGGCGGCGAAUUGUGCUCAAAAUCCGGGUACCCGGGCUAAGAACAACGGAUGUUUAUCUUCCAGAAAGAUUUACCCGGAUUUCGAGCACAAAAGACAUUGAAAAUUUCAAAUUAAAGUGUAAAACAUUAUCUCUGUUUGUGAAGCAUGUUAAUGCUUUUAUCACUGACAUAAAAAUUGUUAAAUUCUAAUGUCGG